AUGAAGCCUCCUCCUCUACAGCCCAAGGUCCAAAGCUUAUUUAUUGACAAAGAGGGCAUCAGGAAAGAAAAGAAACAUCAUUCCCACUCCGAAGUGAGCUCUUCCCUCUUUAGGUCCAAAGUUAUCACAAUGGCUGGCACCAGAGGGAAUGCGGGAGUAGGCAAAGGGAAAUUGGCCGCUGGGCUCUGCCUGCUGCGCCCCUCACCCCCUCCUCCGCGGCGGGCGCGGCGCAGUUCAGCACCUCGGAAAGCGCCCCUGUCCCGGCGCGGGGGUGACGCAUGCUCCUCGCCAGCCCGCAGCCUCCGCGGUGCUGGUGGGACUCUAACUCGCCCGAACGCCGCUGGCGACUCGCUGGGAGUUGACAACCGCGGAGAGACAGAGACGCGAGGCAGCGACGGCAGCAUCGAAAGCCCUCCAGAGAGUCGGAGCGAGGUAGACAGAACUCCCGUCAGAAGCCUCGUCCAAAGAGCUGCGGAGGAAACCGACAAAGGCGCUCAGCGCAACUCCCGCGCCCAAGCCCAAGCUCCGCGCGCCGGGGACGCGCCUGGCUCCCUGCUCCUAGGCUCUCUCUUCCCCGGCGGCUUGGAAAUCUCCCACGUGGCCGCUGCAGCCGCGACAGCCACCAUGAAUAAGGCGGCUGGCCGGGACGAGCUCGCAGAACUCUUUAGUCUGAUCCCGGACCUUCUGCAGGUGACCAACACGAGCGGCAACGCGUCGCAGCAGCUCCAGGGCUUGUGGUGGGAGCUGGGGCUAGAGUUACAGGACGGCGCGGCGCCAGGGCAUCUCCCGGGCGGCGGCGGGGCCGAGAGCGCAGACACCGAGGCCCGGGUGCGGAUCCUCAUCAGCGUGGUGUACUGGGUGGUCUGCGCGUUGGGGCUGACCGGCAACCUGCUGGUGCUCUACUUGAUGAAGAGUAAGCAGGGCUGGCGCAAGUCCUCCAUCAACUUCUUUGUCACCAACCUGGCGCUGACGGACUUUCAGUUCGUGCUCACCCUGCCCUUCUGGGCUGUGGAAAACGCCCUCGACUUCAAAUGGCCCUUUGGCAAGGCCAUGUGUAAGAUCGUAUCCACAGUGACCUCCAUGAACAUGUACGCCAGCGUCUUCUUCCUCACCUCCAUGAGCGUGGCGCGCUACCACUCGGUGGCCUCGGCUCUUAAGAGCCACCGGACCCGAGGGCACGGCCGGGGCGACUGCUGCGGCCGGAGCCUCGGGGACAGCUGCUGCUUCUCGGUUAAAGCACUGUGCUUGUUGAUCUGGGCCUUGGCCACGCUGGCCUCGUUGCCCAACGCCAUCUUCUCCACCACGAUCGAGGUGAUGGGCGAGGAGUUGUGCCUGAUGCGCUUCCCAGACCAGUUGCUAGGCCGCGACAGGCAGUUCUGGCUGGGCCUCUACCACUUGCAGAAGGUGCUGCUGGGCUUCGUGCUGCCGCUGGGCAUCAUCAGCCUGUGCUAUUUGCUGCUGGUGCGUUUCAUCUCCGACCACCGCGUGGCAGGGACCGAAGGAGGAGCCUCAGCGGCCAGGGGAGGCCUGGCUGGAGCCAGCGCCCGGAGACGCUCCAAGGUCACCAAAUCAGUGACCAUCGUGGUCCUAUCCUUCUUCCUGUGUUGGCUGCCCAACCAGGCACUUACCACCUGGAGCAUCCUCAUCAAGUUCAGCGCGGUACCCUUCAGCCAAGAGUACUUCCUGUGCCAGGUAUACGCGUUCCCGGUGAGCGUGUGCCUGGCUCACUCCAACAGCUGUCUCAACCCCAUCCUCUAUUGCCUCGUGCGCCGCGAAUUCCGCAAAGCGCUCAAGAACCUACUGUGGCGCAUCGCGUCGCCUUCUCUCACCAGCAUGCGCCCUUUCACCGCCACCACCAAGCCGGAGCCCGAGGACCAGGGGCUCCAGGCCCUGGCGCCUCUCCAUCGGGCCGCGGAGCCCGACCUGCUCUACUACCCGCCGGGUGUGGUGGUCUACAGCGGGGGGCGCUACGACCUGCUGCCCAGCAGCUCCGCCUACUGA